CGCCAAGUCGUUAUAUGAUAAGGUGAUAAGAUAAUUUCCUUAUCAGCGAGGGAAGAACGAACAAUUUGAAUCACUCUACAUGCCAUUAAGGAAAUAUCGGCAGUUAUAACGAUUUCGGGCAAAAUGUGGGAAUUGCCGAUAUAAGACACAAACGGUGUGAGUUUUCAUGGCUGCUAUUAAGAAAAUAGUGACGAUUGGAGAUGGUGCUUGUGGAAAAACGUGUCUAUUAACAACGUACAGUUACAAUGAGUUCCCAGAAACUCAUGUCCCCACUAUUUUCGACACCUACUCGAAAGAUACCGAAAUAGACGGCUUACCUCUCACUCUUGCUCUGUGGGAUACAGCAGGCGAGGAAGACUACGACAGACUGCGGCCUCUGUCUUACUCCAGAACCAACGUAGUGCUCAUUUGUUUCUCCAUAGACAACCCUGAUUCCUUACAAAACGUUAAAGAGCGAUGGGCUCCAGAAGCCAAACAUUUUCUACCGCAUGUGCCCGUCAUACUGGUCGGGAAUAAGCUGGAUUUGAGGAAUGAUCCUGAAGUGGUGAGAUCCCUGAAGCAAAUGAAGGCCCAUCCAGUGACUUGCCAGGAGGGGGAGCGUAUGGCGAGGAAGAUCGGAGCUGUGAAGUAUAUGGAAUGCUCUGCCAAGUAUCUUCUAGGGGUGAAAGAUGUUUUUGAAGAAGCUGCUAGAGUGUCGAUGACAGCGAAGAAGGGGAAUUUCUGGAUGAGAUACUGUGCGAUAUUGUGAUGUUUGUGUUGUUAUUCGGGGUUUAGUUGAACAGCACGAAGUUGUACAAAAAUUUGAGUCAAGGUUCUACAAACCCCCUACUUCAAAGUUUACCUUGACCCGGAGGUUGCCACUCUUGGGGUGGCUGAUACACCCUUUUGGGGAUGAGGAAGUCUGAAUCAUUGAUUUAUAGAGUCUGUAGACCCACUAAAAAAGAAGUAAUGGCUUGUUGAUGGUUUUAUUAAAGCCGCGUUCUCACGAGUCAAAAGUUGAUCGAUUUCAAUUGAUUAAUCAAAGUUGAUUGAAAAACCUCGCUUUGUUUCAAUAAAGUUGAUGAAGUUUUCAGUGAAUCAAAAAAAGAUUGAUCGAUUCAAACUUUUUUGCUUAAGUGAUGAGUUAACUUUUAGUGGAGCCUCGUAAUGGCUUGAGGCCAGUUAGUGAAAAACUGGAAUCGGUCAACAAAACUAGUGAGAACGCGGCUUAUAAGUCAAAGU